GGAGAGCGACGUUGCUCGCUGGUGCCAACUGCGGCAAUAGGCUGCCAACGUCGAGUAUCAAAACCACAGUAACCUGUGUCUGGAAAGUGAAGAAACAAGCUAUGCAGUAGCUUGGCUUGGCCCGCUAGAGGUUGGGCAUGUCGGCGUUAUUACGAGGUAUCAUUAUUCAAGCAGCCCACCGUCCCUAAUUAAUCUUGAUGCGGGUUCUAAUACCAACAUCGCAAGCUCUCCAGAUAAAAUCAAUGCACGCCAUCGGCCACGGUGCAACUCGAUGGACUGCGUUGGAGCCGCGCCCACUGUCACUGUCACCUCGUGCUCCCACAUCUUUCGACAAGCGGGCAAUGAUGCCGGCCCUGGUCUGUCAAGUUUACAAGGGGUGAAGCCAUUGUCCACAGGCGUGAUGCCCAACUUGACCUAGCGCAGCUUUUCUAGAACGCAGGCUCUCCCAGGCUAGGCCAGGGGGGGACGAAUCCCCAUGGCUAGCGUAAGAGAAGAGUGCCACCACCCACGCUUGCCAAAUUUGGUCGUGGUGCCUUUCUCCUGGUACAGGGGAGCUGGCGGAGAUGCAGCUGGUCAGCCGACGGGUUGACUCGCGCCGCAAGCACUUGGUGGUAGUAGCCUGGGAGGCAAUGCAACGCCGUCCCCACUACCACUCUUGUUCUCACCCACAGGAUCCUAGGCCAUGGCUUCCGCCUGGGGCCCAUUCCGUGCACAGACUUCGUCAGCGGAGCCUGCCCGACAGGGGACCAGAGAAGGUACACACGCCAGCUCCCAACCUUUCUGUUUCAGGCUCGUACCGCGCUGUAUAGUCCCUGAAACGGGGCCACCAACAGUCGUCGACACCAUCAACCAACAGCGCCCACCGACCAAAAAGCAGUGUGGUUGCAGGGGGGGGCCGGCCAUCCGCUUCACGCUCUUCCCGCCGACCUGACCCUCUUUCCUCUCAGCCUGCUUGGCCAUCAGCAAGUUUCUCGGGCGGUCUGUUAGCACCUUUUUUUCAUUGGUACCGUUGCUGAUUUCCGCGGCGUGGCUCCAUUCUAGAAUACGCAGCCUGCUUAGCUCGCCUGCGCGGUUUUGUCUUCUCCCAGCCAGUCCCGCCCACAUCCUUUUCUCUCUACUCAUCCUCCUUCUCACCGUUUCUGGCCAUAUUCUGCCAGAGGGUUUUAUUCGCCUCUUUUUCAACUGUCGCUCUUUUAUAAUUCUAAUCCAAAUCGAUCUGCAAGAGGCAGCGCCUCCAGCCCGAUAAUUAUUUCCUUAGAAACCAACGUUUACGCUCAUCUCGUCUCUAUUCCCGUUCGAAUCAGCUCAGGCACCACCAAUCACACGAAUAUACCCAAGCUUCAUAUUUCACAUCUAGUUCUCGACGAUACCCUUUACCUGCUGGUCACUAACAGAUUGCGCGUCUCUGUUUGCUUUCGAACAAUAUUCCACGGAUUAGUAUAUUCGAGAAUUCUUAUCACACCUUCCCGCGAUUAAGGGCUUGAUUGUGCUGGCGCCAUCCUUUGCUUCGCUUCUAUACGUUGACGGCACUCCGAUUUUCUACGCUUAUUAGUUGAGAGCACCUGUAACCUACUUGUGCAAUUUUCUUUAAGCAUCUUAGUUAAUUCGUGCCUCAUCCGGCGGAGCCGGUUCCUUCACUUCUCACAACCCUCAGAUCGUCUAUUUUCACGAUGUUCCCUUUCAAUGGACAAGAGGACAACAGUCCCAAACCCCUUGCUGAUGAAGACCAGCAGCUUCUUUCUGGUCUUGUUCACAAGUAUGGCGUUUCAAGCGUCAUGUAUGCUCUGACUGGAUUCGGAGAAUCAUCCCGAGCGUCGAUCUUCUCUACCAACACUCUCAUGAGCAGCACAAACGCCAGUAUCAACGCACCCUCUCUUGCCUGGAGCAGCUCCGACGCCUCUGCUUGCCGCUCCGAUGGCGCCUCGCUUCACACUGCCUGCACAUGGCCCGAUGCCGUGGCUGAAAUGCCUGUCAUGCACGAUGGCGAAGGUGGCAAGCUCAACGAACGAUCCUGGCUCGAUUCACCUGCCCCGAUUCCCUCGCCCAUGGUUAACGGUGACGCACCAUCGCCUCGCUUGAUUGCCCCGACCGGAAAGAAGUACCAGUGCCCCAUGUGCUACCUCGACAGCAGCCCCGUCGGCUUUGGACGCAAGAGCGACUUCAAGAAACAUUUGCACAACUUCCACGGAGCUGAUGUUGUUUGGAUUUGCUGGACUAAGGGCUGCAACCUCACCUUCUCGACUGAACGUGCCUACAGCACUCACGCCAAGGAGGCUCAUCGUAUGAAGGCUCUUCCCAACAGCGCCGCCCGUACCGACCUCUGCCCCCAACUUGUCUUUUCUUGCGGUUUCACUGCUUGCAAGGACAGAGUAUUUGAAGCUAGCUGCGCUGACGAAUCCAGCGCCACUCGUGACAAGCACUUUGAACACAUUGCCAAGCACUUUGAGGACGGAUAUGAUAUUAGCACCUGGGAAUACAAGGUUCAGAUCCAGAAUCUUUUGCGACAACAGCAAGUCAAGUCUACAUGGAAGACUUGCAUUUUCCCCAAGGAGAAGCGACAGGCACUUGUGUGGAAGCCUCGUUCCUCUGGUGACUUGAAGCGUAUUCUCGAGUCGCGUCACCUUGGCUCCGAUAUCUCCAACUUGGUUCGCUUAGCUUUCAUUCUUGGAAACGCCCCGUUCUCGCUUUCCGCUACGCCACCUCCUGGUGAACUUGAAACAUACUUCCAGCUGCCGUACCUCAACACAUGUCCCACGGACAAGCCUGCUAGAACACCAAGCCCGUCUGGCAUGAAGAAUGAAGACGAAGGCACGUCGUCGUCAUCAUUCAGCCUCGCCGCCAAGUACCGCUCUAGCACACAGACUGUUUUCAGACUACCCACACGGAACUCUAAGCGUGUAUCUCGCCCUCCCACUCCGGUGACGAGCGAGCCUGCAAACGACGUUAUGAUGGCAGACGAAUCGGCGGCUGGCCCGCACCCGACAACACCCUACCAAAUGACCAAUGACAAUGGCUGGGCGGGUGAUGCAUCCAAGUUCACGCCUGACGACGACCUGCCUAAGCAGAUGCACGGCCCCAUGGAUGGUUCCAUGAUGUACCCGAUGCACUCUCAAGAGCAAAUGUACCAGGGCUGGGCUGGCGUUGAUAGCAUGCACCAUGGCAUGGACUCGCAGAUGCACCAAGGUAUCCCCAUCAUGGAUGGUAUGCCGUAUCAGCAAGACCCGGUUGUUAACACUGGCCUCUACAACUACGCCAUGAAUGCUAGCCAAGUGUCGACUGUUCGACCUGGCACACCCACCCCUCACAAGCGCCCUGGAUCGUGGACGCGGGUGAUGAGCAUGGAUACUCUCCGUCCUAGCAAGAAGACAUCGACUAUUUCCAUGAACACGACGCACUCGUUUCAUGAUGCGCCUGUGAUGAUGUCAAAUGGCAUGAACAUGUAGGGUGUGAGCCGCGGACAAAACGCCCCGUGAGCCACUCCUUUCAAACUGGUCUGCUACUACCCGUGACGACUUGGUACAUACAUUUUUGGCACCACAUAUCCUCCUUUAACUUUUACGGAAAAUACCUUUUUCUUUCUGCUUCACGGCAGGUACUUCUUUCUUCUUCUCUUCUGGCUGCAUGCAAUGUGUGGAUGCAACAGCCUUUGUUAUUCUUUUUUCCACACGCCGGGUCACAGACUUUGCUCACGGGGAUGCUCGUCAUUGGACAGCUGCACAUGCUCACCAGCGCUUGAGGAGCACGGAUAAUGUAACUUGUAAUACAGCAUGGCGACUGGGAUAUUUGUUGGAAGGCUUCGCUGAAGCCGGGCUGUUUUUUUCUUGUGUUGUGUUUGGUUUUUGAUUUUCUGAUCAUGGCAUACUCCCAUAAUCAGCCACUCUCCCUCAAUUCUUUUCCUUAUUUGUUUUUCAAUCUCUCUUUUUUUUCUUUGCCCCAAUCUCCUUGUCAUUUAAAAUACCAUCGCACUUUGUCAUUUAGGCCUGACGGUAACUCUGUUGGAAGAGGCUGUCGGGUAGGGGGGGUUCAGGGUCGAAUUGGUUCUGGUUUCUUUGGCUGUUUUUAUCGUUUAGUGAUAUUUCUAUAGUUGACUUCGAACGUGAGCAACGGCCUCUGCUGCAUGGAUGCUAACGAGGUUAAGGCGCUGUGAAUUAAAAACCAUUGAUUAACUGC